AUGGCCUUCUUCCUCGCUCCUCAAGGUUCAAGGAUUCCUUCGGACGCCACAAGAGACAGGUCUCUUGGUCUUACAGUUGAUUCUGAGAGAUUAAAUUCAACUUCCAAUCCAUUCGUUGCAAUUGAAAUUGAUAUCUUCCACAACUAUUAUGAUCCACCCGGUGAUCAUAUGGGUAUUAAUAUCGAUUCUGUGAAAUCUUUGAACAAUGUGACAUGGUGGAGUGAUGUAAGAGUGAUGCUGCACCUUUAUUAUCAAAUUGAUUUGAGGCCUUAUUUACCCAAGUUGGUUACUUUCGGCUUCUUAGUGGCGAAUGUGAACAACUUAGCAAUCCAGACCUUUAACUCAUGGGAGUUUAGUUCAAGAUUAGCAGCUGAUGAUAAUUUAACCAAUCCAAUAAUACCUGAUAGAAGAGAAAACCAAACAGGACUCGCACUGCGAUUGGGAUUGGGUAUUGGAGUAGGUAUUUUUGUUGUUGUACCGGUUUUAGUGUGA